AAGAAACGUCAAAUGUGGCAAGGCAAUGUUCAAUUAAUAAUAAGCAAAUUAUUUGAAUUUUGCAAAUUGUAACUUAAAUAAUCAGAAAUUCUGAAAUGAAAAAAAGAAAAUCAAAUAUUUCACUGGAGUGGAUAGAAGAGGAGGUAGAGCCAGAUGAAAAUUUAAAUAAUAGUUGUAAGAAGAAAAAAAAUUCAUUGGAUGGCAACAAUAGUUUCAAAACAAAUAAUUUAAAAGAAGGCAAGGAGGCAAUUCCGAUAGAUAAAAUUUCAGCAAAUAAUUUAAAUAAUAGUACUAAGAAGAAAAGGCAUUCAUUGAAUAUCAGUAAGUGUUCUGAUACAAACACUUUGAAGGAUGAUAACCAAAGAGAAAUCCAAGAAAAUAGUGGAACUCCGGUAAAUAACUUAAAUGGUAGUUAUAAGAAAAAAAAGCAUUCAUUAAGUAACAGCAAAUGUUCCGAUGUGAAUAAUUUGAAAAGCGAAGAUGUAUGUGAAGUUAAAGAAAAUGACAAAAUAGGAACGAAUAAUUUGAAUAACAGCUCUAAAAAGAAGAAACAUUCUUUGAAUAACAGUAAGAGCUUUGAUAAAAAUAAUUUGAACGAGGAACAAAAUGAAAUCCAGGAAGAGAGCAACAUAGUCAGAAAUAAUUUAAAUAACAGUUCCAAAAAGAAAAAACAUUCACUGAAUAACAGCAAAUUUUCCAGCAAAAAUAAUUUAGAAAAUGAAGAUCUAGAUGAAUUCGAGAUGGAUAAUAACACCUCGGAAAUUAAUUUAAGCAAAAGUUCAAAGAAAAAGUUUUCUUUAAAUAGCAGCAGUUAUUCCGAAAUAAAUAAUUCAAAAAAUGAAGACCAAGAUGAAUUCCAGGGAGAAAACAAUGUUUUUACAAAUGGCUUAAAGAACAGUUCUAAGAAGAAAAAACCUUCAUUGGAAAGCAGCAAUUUUUCCGACAUAAAUAAUUUGAAGAAUAAAAAUGAUGAUGAAAUUGAGGAGGAAGGAAAUAAAAAAGAAAACGAAUAUAAUGACCAAAAGCAUGAAACUGAUUCUGAUACUUCAAGUAAAAUCUCUUCAAAAGAAAAAACCGUGGGUUUGAAUGAAGAUUUGGAUGAAAAUAAAAAACAAGUGAAGAAAAGAAAAAAAGGAUUAAUAUAUGUUUCAAAUUUACCAAAACACAUGAAUGUGACGUUAAUAAGAGAGUAUCUUGGCCAAUAUGGUGAUAUAGGCAGAGUGUAUUUGCAGCCCGAUAAGACAGCCAUGUGUCGGUCCAAGAAGCGAAAAAAUAUGGCUAGACAUUUUUCAGAAGGUUGGGUAGAGUUUUUAAAAAAAAGAGUAGCUAAAGAAGUUGCAGCAAAAUUAAAUAACACUCAAAUUGGUACAAGAAAAAAAUCUAAAUUUUAUGAUUCUUUAUGGUGUAUUAAAUAUUUACCUAGUUUCAAAUGGGUUCAUCUAAGCGAACGUUUAGCAUAUGAACAGGCUGUAUAUAAGAAACGAUUAAUGGCCGAAAUUUCACAAGCUCGUAAAGAAGCUGAUUUCUUCCAACAAAAUCUAGAUAAAAGCGAAAUUGUGAAAAAUAUGGAGAAAAAACAAAAGAAAAAAAGUAAAACAUAAAUCAAAUUAUUGUUUCAAAUAGCUAAUUCAUUUCCAAAUAAAGUUACGUUUGUACAUUGAAUUUUUUAAAGAAAGAAUAAAUUUGAAUUUGAUAAAGUUUAUUAUGUAGA